AUUAUGAGGAAAAUGAUGAAAGCCAAAAGGAAAGCACACCGGCAGCUGAGGAUAGAGUUAAUAUAUGAACAGAAAGAACUAGUAAGUGAACAGAAGCCACUGAAAGCAAAAGACACAACUCAAGAUGAAACGCCUAUAAAACUGAAAAAGAAAGGCAAGAAAACUAAGACGAAGGAUGUCAGAAAUAAACCUAAAGAAGUAGUCCUUGAAGCUGACAGCACCUGUGAAAACCAAAAUGUCAUUGGUAUUGCCAAUAAAUCACUUGAUAAUGAGACACUGAAUGAGAGGCCAGAAAACCAUCAGAGUGAAGAGCUACAUAAAACAUAUAACACACAAGAAAGAAAUGUACAAGACAGAGGCAUCCAUGUCAACCACUCCCUUUCUAAAGCACACCAAAAAGUUAUACCUGUAACAUGGACAAAAGGUGCUAACAGUAAAACUUUAGGAAAAUCUAUAGCCAAUAGAAAAACACUUCACGGUGAAUGGCAAACUGGUUCAUUUGUCUUUGAAGAGAAUGACAUAAUGACUCAGUAUGAAGGGUACUGGGUAUUGCGAGAAGCUGUCGAGAUGCUUAAUGCUGCAAGUGAAGAGAAGUUAAGAAAUAUAUAUAAUGCAAGAGUAGAAAACUGUGAUGCAAGAGAGUUGACAGGGGAAGAACAAAUCAUCUUCCAGCGAGCCAUGAAGAAGGAGAAGCGGUUUUAUAAUAGGAAAUUAAUGAUUUUUUUGAGUAGAGGGACAGGACAAAGAAUGAUCAAUAAGCAUAGUGCACAUGAACAAAAAGGCAGCUUAAAUUCUGUUGAAAAUCAGAGCAAAUCUGCUGAGAGUGUAGUCAAAUUUGACGGUUUCUGGGUCAAAAAGGAAUCUGCAGAUAGGCUUAAUAAGCUAAAGGAGCGGCUCACAGCAGAAGGGGUUUCAGCAGAAGAGCUAUACACUAUCAUGCAAAAGGAGCGCCGCAAAGAGGAACGGUUAUUAAAAAAUGAAAGGAAACUAGUAUGCUUGAAGUGCCGUAAGCCAGGUCACAUGGUCUCUUCAUGUCCUGAAGCAACAGGGGGGACCAAUGAUGCACAGAUAACUAUUUGUUAUACA